AUUACUUGCUCUUCCCACUCUGAAUCUCCGCUCACUUUGAAGUGAAACCUCUUUCCAGGAGCAAGAAGCACCUGAGCUGAAACUUUGCUACUAAGUUAGUAACUCUCUCUCUGCGGACAUGUGUACCGGAAAAUGUUCCCGUUUCAUUGCCGUUAGUCUGUACCCUUUAGCUCUGAUAUCUAUUAUCUGUAACAUCGUGCUGUUCUUCCCUGAUGCCGACACAAGCUACGCCAAAGAUGGACAUAUUACCGAGGAGGUGAAAUACAUGGGGGGACUCGUUGGAGGGGGUGUAAUGGUGUUGCUACCAGCAUUGUACAUUCAUUUAACUGGCAAACAGGGUUGCUGCGGAAAUCGCUGUGGGAUGUUCUUAUCAAUUGCCUUUGCUGCAGUGGGUGUUGCUGGUGCCCUGUACAGCUUAGUUGUUGCAGCGCUUGGUUUGCAAAAUGGGCCCCUCUGCAAAACUGUACUGCUCUGGACGACACCUUUUAAAGAACGCACAGGUGGCUACAAUUACCUGACAGACAAUAAACUCUGGGGGCUGUGCACAGAGCCCAAGAACAUCGUGCAGUUCAACAUCGGACUGUUCGGUACUCUGCUGGCCACAAGCUGCCUGCAGGCGAUUCUCUGCGCCAUACAGAUGAUCAACGGGCUCUUUGGCUGUCUGUGUGGAACCUGCAACAAAGAAGUGCUUUAAAGCUGAACUCUCCUUAAAAAAAUAAUAGCCACUCUGAGUGCCUGACAGUUGACGAGCGCCCCCUGCUGGAAGACUGAGGAUAAACUGGGUACAUCUGCAUAAAACAAUCUCUUUGAAGUUGCACUGUUUAACUAAAGAAUUUUUUUUUUUGUAUUUCAUGCUUCAUAUAUUACCAGAAAACUUAAAUUCAUUGUUAUGCAUUUUAGACUGUAACAAAACAUACAUGUUAAAAAUGAUUUAUGCUAAAUAGAUGUCCAGUUUUAAAUAAACUGGUUUUUUAAAAAACUGCAGCUAUAGUUUUAGUAUUAUUUUGUUGUGUUUACCAUUUUUAUAAAAAAUAAUUGGGAUUUGUUUUUUAUUAUUAAUUGUGUAAUGUAAUAACCUUCAGAGGAAAAUAAAAUACGGGACAAAUUGAU